UGCCACACUCCAGCUGCAGACCAACAGAGGAGGGAGACUCCGAUGGAAAAUCAUGCAGCGCGUUGAACCCAUGGAGACAUGGCACAUAGGUUCCUCUCAACAACGAACAGAUUUAGAGCCAGAUUCGCCUUCAUAUUCACUGUGUCACUGUCCUGCUCCUAUGUAUGUUAUAGUAUUCUUUUCUGUCGCGGCACAAUCAUGACAAAUCAGGGUUACGAGGGGAAACGAUGCCCGCCGAGCAAGAACGCAGGAGGGAAGAAACUUCUGGGGAAAUUGGACAAUUGCGCUUCGCUGGAAGUCAGGUCCGCUCUGGAUGCGUCGGCUGCCCAGCGAGGAUCGAACAAAUCUCCUGACUCAUCAGGAAGUCACUGGGCUGACAUGAAGUUAAGAAACACGAGUGUGGCGCAGAAAUAUGGGAAUAAGAAGCUGCCUAAUGCGUUAAUAGUCGGUGUGAAGAAAGGAGGCACCCGAGCGGUGCUGGAGUUCAUCCGGAUACAUCCAGAUGUGCGCGCGCUCGGAACAGAGCCGCACUUUUUCGACAGGAACUACGACAGAGGGCUCGACUGGUACAG